CUUCUUCUUCUGUCCGUUUUCUUUUCUUUGCAGUCACCACCCCAACGAGCGCUGUUGUUCUCCAGCUCGUCUUAUUUUCGUUCUCAUUUAUUUCAUCGUCUGCUCAGCUCUCUAGUCGCACCUGUUCCCCGCAAUGUCUUCCCAACUGCUUUCCAUGGAUUUCGAUCACAACAAGACCCCCUCCUACAUGGAGCCACUCGACGCUUCAUUCUCUUACAUGGACAGUGGUCUCGACUAUCUCCAGUAUCCUCCUCAGUCUCCCUCCUUUGGUGUAACCAUUGGUCUUCCCCCGUCGGCUUCCCCUCAGGCGUUCAACUCUUUGAACCUCUCCGGCGGUCUCGGAGAUUACACAUACUCGUCACCCGCUUUCAGCGCGUCAUCCCCUGCCCGUCCAUACACCCCACCCGAUGGUGCUGCCAUUUCACCUCCGUCGCUCACUUACCCCUUGAGCGCUGGUGAGCUGUCCUCCGAUGGCAUGGCCUCUGGUAGACAUAGCCGUGGGAGCGGAUCGCACUCACCCCCCGCCACCAUUCCCUAUCCUGCGACCGUUCCCAGGUCGCAUCGCUUCAACCCGAUUGUCGCACCCACGACUCGGGCCAGCGUUAGGGCACACAGGCGGAGAUCAAGCAGGAGCAACGACGACAGUGACGAAGAGGACGACGACUUCCAGCCAGCCAACCUCUCAGCUGGAGGUGCCGAUUCGCGCCGCGAGACCAUUCGCAAGCAGCGCAUCGAAUCGGAACAAAGGAGACGAGAUGAGCUCAGGGACGGCUACGCCCGCCUGAAGGAUACCCUUCCUGCGUCCAACCAGAAAUCCAGCAAGGUUUCUUUGCUCGACCGAGCAACUGGACACAUUAGGUAUCUCGAGACCGUCAAAGAGCAGUUGGAACUCCGACUGAAAUCCGCUGAAGCGGAGGUUCACCGACUUCGCAACGUCAACGAGGCGUUGAUGCUCGGCACCGCGAACCAACGCGCGCACAACUCCGCUAGUGCGUCGGCUCUCGUCAGCGCGCCGUCCUUCUGAUUGCUUGAGCUCGCAAUCAUACGGCCGUCUGAGUGUCAAGAAAACCCUCGAAAACACCAUCCACUUCAAAACACCCUCUCAGACGGCAACUCACGAGUUCGAUUCCUCCCUGGUGACACACUGCAUUGAUUUAUGACACGGACUAUUACGCAAUAUUGUAUUUUUUACGCAUCCUCACGCCCCACCUUCCUCUAAGCGGUUCCAUUCACGGAUCGCUUGCUUACCGGCUCCUGCGUCAGCGACGCAGUUCCAUGGUUGUCUGCUCUCCCCCCUCUUUUGCAGCCGCGCCGCACACUUCACCUCUUGUGACCCACAUCGACUCUGAGGAUAUGGCCUGUGGUUACCUCAGCUUGGCUCGCAGCGAAGUGGAGGUACUGAAGACUCAAACUCUGAUUUUGGAUUCCGGGACCACGGUUGAUGGUUGGCUCAGACGCGACACCGACGCAAGACCCGAGGCAGUGCUCGAGGCGCAAUAUCUCCCUCUUCAUGAGUGUGAGUGCGUACCUCGCCUGCCCAGCGGCCCAUUCUUGUUUUCUAUCUUUCUACACCGUCGCUCGUCUACCACCAUUCCGAUCCCAUACCACUCCAUGUGUGCUUGAGGCGACGACCACUUAAUUGUGGUUCCGUGCUUCGCACAUGCCGAUACACUGGCAUCAAUUGUCUACCUUCUAUUACCUCAAGAAUCAGCAGAUCGCAUGCUAUACAUGGAUAUUUCACCGCCAUCUGGACAUAGCAAGCUUCCCACUCUCCGCUCUCGUCACGCAUCAUUUUUUAUUGAUAUCACUGAUUUAUAACAUUUCCCACCAUUCCACCCUCGCCGCCUACCUCACUGUCGUGGCCACGGAUGUAGGAUCAACCUCUACGGCCGCCACAAUCCCUUGCCCCGAUUCCCCGGUACUAUUUUUUCUCCCAUCUUUUCAUUGAGCCCGCGAUUUUCAUAUGGCAUGUGAAUGAACGCCCCUUCACUUUGCGCAUUGUAUGCUGCAAAGCGGGAGAUGAUGGUCACCGGGAACAAUCUGGACUUGCGCGGCGAGGGCGGAAUUUGACGACAAAAUGAGCUAUCCCAUGGAACAUCGACGAUCACCUUCUACUUCACUUUUCUAUCCAUCGAUAUCGUGACUCGGACCAUCUAUCGGUUCUCGCCUUUUUGUGCCCCGGCUUGGCUAGUCCUUGCUGUGAGAGCCGAACUGCGCUGAGUACGGCCGAUAGACCCCUGGUUGUGGUGUUGAAAAUAUUCUGGUGAUUGUGAAGGCUCGUUUAAGUUGCUCGAAGCCUCUUCCCCGAUAUCCUCUAGUUAGGCUCUGCCGGGUGUUGUUCCUCUUACGAUAUUUCUAGCGCUCUCAAAAUGCCCCCCUCAUGCCCCAUGCCCUAAGCCCCAGUUAAACCAUCACUCCAUGUUCCUGCGCGUGCGCAGUUCGGUCGCCAACUUGAGCGCUCAUCACCUACCUCAUCGCAUACCUACAAUUCGAGAUUGUUGUCUACAUAGUUCCGUUGUAGUACGAUUUCCGUGUGAUCUUACGACACAAUGUAACGACACGUUUUAUGCUC